AUGACAACCCCUGACGUAGAAAUGCCAUCAGCUCAACCUACAGCUCCAGCAACACCAUUUGUGGACCUGGCUGCAGAGGUAGCAAGAAAGCAAGCCCCACCAACCUUUGAAGAGAAAGCUGAUCCAAUGGUGGCAGAGGAUUGGUUAAGGUUGGUUGAGGCUAUCUUUGAUCAUAUGGAGUUGAAUGAUCGCCAAAGGGUUUCUUGCGCAGUUUAUUUACUUAAGAUGGAUGCACGGAUUUGGUGGGAUGUGAUUAAACAGACCCGUGAUCUGAAUACCAUGACUUGGGCGGAGUUCGUCCAGGCUUUCAGGAAGUAUUACAGUUCAACUAUGCUAGCUACUAAGGUUGAUGAGUUUGUAACUCUAGUACAAGGGAACCUAUCUGUUACUGAUUAUGCACAGAAGUUCGAUCGAUUGGCUAGAUUUGCUCCUGAAGUGGUACCGACUGAAACAUUUGCUGAAGUGGUCAGUUAUGCAGAAGUACUUGAUAAAUCUCUUGAAGCUGAGUAUUUGGAAGAACGGAUAUGGAAGGAUAAUGCCGCCAGAAGAGAGAACUAUCGAAACAAGGGAUUCCAUGAGGGAAACAAGAGAAAGGCUAAUGAAGGGCAGAAUAGUGGCGCUGAUAAGAGACCCAGAACUUAA